UUCAUUCCGCUGCAUGGUCCAACCUCAAAAAGUCUUACCGCGAUCGUGAUGUUAAAUAAAAAUGUGCUUCGGCAAUAAUGGCUGAUGCAACGACUCCCAUAAAGUAAUUCUUAUAAAAAUCGUACUAAAUAUAUACAAUAAUUGAUCUAAUCAAUUAACAGGGCAUAAAUUAAAUAUUAUUAAAAAUAAUGGUACUAAUUUUAUUUCAAAACUAUUGAUGACAAUCAAUCUUUGAUAAAGAUAUUUAUGAUUAUUAGACGUUUUUGUUCUACAGUGAAUUUAAAAAUUAAUUUAAAAUGUUGAGUUGCGGAAAAGUUUUCUCAAGACAUGGCCCGUUUUGCAAUGGACCGACAAGUCUUGCAAGAGAUGGACAUUUACAGAAACGUGUGUCAUUAAUUAUUAACAAAAGGUUAUUUGAAAGUCAUGCACCGGGUUCCAGAUAUGAAAAGACAGCUUUACAAAAAUGUCUCGUUGAGACAAAUGUGUUUGAUAAUAGAAUUACUAGUAUGCAAAGUAUUCGUUAUUUGUCUACUAGAAAAUUUCAUACAAAUUUAUUGUUAAGCCGAUCAAUAAACGCCGAUGACCGGAUGAGGACAACUGACACGAAAAAAUCUGCUUUAAAAAUUGAUAUCAAGGGAUUAGUUGAUAAACAACAGAAUGUUAAGAAUUAUUUCGAAAAUAAUGAGGAAAACGAUACAGAUAAUGUCGAGACAAAUGUUGAAAAUUAUUCUAACGUUCAUGAAAGUUUGCAUCAUUCCAAAAGAGAAAGAUUUAGUAUUAAAGAAAUUGAAAAAAUGUAUCCCAAUCCAAAAUCAAAACUUCACGAAAUAUAUCAAAUUGUAAAUAACGAUAUGAAAAAAAAUACAUUAAGCUUUGAGUUUAAAAAACCUAAAGCUAAACAAAUUUCUUGGUCAUGCACAGUUAGAGUUUUGUGGCCUGAGGAUACAUCAUUCGUAGGGCUAGCAAAUAAUAAAAAUAAGUCAGCUUACUUAGCAUCAUUAAAAUGUUUACACUGGCUUGAAAAUCAUAAAAAAUUGGAUAAAGGUAUGCCAAUACUUUAUGAUGCAAAGGGUAUCAAAAAUUUAUUACUUCGGCCAGUUUUAUUGUCUGUUAAAAAUGAAGUAUUAAAUGACGCUCGGCUUGUUAUUGACAAGUACAAUAAUGAUAUCAAAGCUUUGGUUGAUGCAAAUACUGACAAGCCUUUUAUUGAAUCACCCGGUUUUCGUGACGAUGAAAUAGUAGAUCCAGUUGGUAAAGUUAAUCCACUUAAUCGUGAGCCAAAGAGAAUAAAAGAAAGAAAUGAAAUAUUGAAAAUAAGAUAUGAGAAGCGUAUGGAAGACGGUGGUUACUGUGAUCUACCAAUUCUUGAAUUUCGUGAAAAAAUAAUAAAUGAAGUUGAAAAUAAUCAGGUAUUAUUAAUAAAAGGUGAUACCGGAUGUGGUAAAACAACGCAAGUACCCCAGUAUAUAAUGGACAGUUUUGCUAAAACUGGUGCUGCAUCAGAUUGUAAUAUAAUUGUAUCACAGCCACGUCGUAUAUCAGCAAUUUCAUUGGCUGAGCGCGUUGCUAAUGAGAGAAGAGAACAACUUGGUGAUGUAAUUGGUUACCAAGUGAGAUUAUCUCAAGAAUUACCGAACACGCCUGCAGGAAUUUUAUUUUGCACAGCAGGACUUCUUUUGCGUAAGCUACAAUUUAAUCCAACGCUCCAAGGUUGCUCACAUGUGAUUGUCGAUGAAGCUCACGAGAGGACAAUAAAUACUGAUAUGCUACUGGUUCUUCUUAAACGUGCUAUGAAAAGUAAUCCAGCUUUAAAAGUUAUUGUUAUGUCAGCGACAAUAAGUGCUGAGUUGUUUCAAAGUUAUUUUAAUUGUAAUGUAAUUGAAGUGCCUGGAAGAACCUUCCCAGUAACCAUGAACUUUAUGGAAGAUAUUGAUAAAUUGGGACUACGAGCUCCGAGUAGAUGGGACUUGAGUUUUGAAGAUCCUGAAAAAAUGCAAGAAGGCCCGAUAAUAGAUAUCGUUAAAAUGGGCGAACUUGUAUCAUGGAUAACCAGAGUUAAACCACCAGGUGCAAUACUCUGUUUCUUACCCGGUUGGUCUGAAAUAGCAGCACUGAAAAAAUACCUCGAAGAAUAUUCAUUGUUACCAAAAAGAGAUAUUCUGGUACUACCAGUCCAUUCAAAAAUAGCACAACGGGAUCAAAAAAAAAUAUUUGAUACUCCUCCAAGUCAUAUAAGAAAAAUAGUAUUGGCUACUGACAUCGCCGAGACGGGAAUAACUGUCACGGAUAUCGUAUACGUUGUAGAUUCUUGUACCCAUCGACAAAUCAGGUGGCAUGAAAAACGUGGCAUCUCAUCAAUCGACAGCUACUGGAUUUCAAAAGCUAAUGUUCAGCAGAGAAAGGGUCGUGCUGGUCGUGUUAAACCAGGUAUCAGUUAUCACAUGAUCACCCGUAAACAAUACGAAAAUUUAAGCGCAUAUCCAACGCCUGAAGUAAUGCGUUCAUCCUUAGAAAAAACUGUACUGGAUAUUAAAACUUAUAGUAAUGAAAAAGCUGAAAGUUUUUUGGGAUCAAUGCCACAGCCACCAUCAAAAAAUGUUGUCAAUAUUGCCGUAAGAGAUCUAAUUAAUCUUGGUGCACUUGAUAAUCAAGAAAAUUUAACGGCUUUAGGUAAAAGAAUAGCCAUGUUUACUGUACAUCCGACAUUGAGUAAAUCAAUGGUAUUUUCAUCAAUUUUCCAAUGUGUUGCACCAACUUUGUCAGUAGUAUCUUUUAUGUCAUCAGAAAGUGAAAUAUUUUCUGGUGUCCUUCAGCAAAAAGGCGCGAUUAGAUCCAUAAAGGAAAAAUACCAUCCAACAAGUGAUCAUAUAAGUCUCGCUUGGCUUUUCGAACAGUGGAAUUCAUUUAAUCAACGAGGUCGAUUUGCCUCACGAGAUUUUUGCUUACAGAAUCGACUUUAUCCUGAUCGUAUGUAUACUUUAAGUAGAAUAAGACAAUUGAAUGCUGCUCAUUUAGCUCAAGUACACAUGGUACCUUCACCUGAAAAUAUUGAUGACUUGUCUAUGAAAGAAAACGAGUAUGCUGAGUUAGAUGAACUUGUAAGAGGUGUUUUAUUAGCUGGUCUUGAUCAAAUACUUUGUCACCGUGAUUUUGAUUUACGUAAAGGCCAAGUUAAAAAGGGAGUUUGCACUUUUGUAAUGGAAGAUAAUAAUCGCGCGACAAUAACUCCAGACAGUGUUAAUUUUAAAAGAAGAUUUUUUCCAAGUCCGUACUUAACUUAUGUAAGACGUACGCACAGUGAAGAAAGAAGAACUUCUUUGAUACGUGAGACUAGUAUGAUUUCUCCAUUGACUGUAUUUUUAUUUUCUCAAGGAACAAUUAGUGGACGUGUUGAUGAUGAUGAAAAUGUUAUAUUUACUGUUGACGGAAGGAAAAAUAUACGAUUAGUUUGUGACAAAGAAACUGCUGAUGUUUUAUUGGCUUUCCGUGAUACCAUGUGGAGUAUUGUACGAUAUAUGGUAGAAAAUUAUGGUCUUAUUAAAGUAAAAAAUUCAGAUACAUUAGAUCAAGUACAAGCUUACAAAGUGGAGAUGCUCCAAGUACUUGCGAAAAUGUUAAGUGACGCUUCGAUGCAUAUUGACAAUCCACAGCCGUUAAAAAAACAUGUUGAAAUUUCUGAAGAUGACAAUGAAAAAGAAGACUGCGGUGAUGAUGAUAAUGAUGAUGAUGACAUUAAAUAUAAUAAUAAAAAUAAAAAGAACUAUAAAAAAUGAACUGUAGUAAAAGCUUUUUAAAAGAAACUGUAAGAUAUUCAAUACCAAAUUUAAUUAUCCAAUUUUUAUUACUGAAAUCUGUAAAAUAUAUGAAAAUUUUAAA